AUGACAUACCAAAGUUUGCUCAGGUGGUCGUCCAAUAAAAGUGCGCUGGCGCAACCAUGCUGUUUUCUUUUUAUAGGCGCAUUUGACAUUAUCUGCAGUGAAGCUAAAUAUCGUACAGUCAGCACGCUAAAGUUCCUGCAAAUUCACGUACCGAAGGCAGUACUAACGGGGCAGAACGUAGAACUCAUGUGCACUUACGAGUUAGAAGGAGCGCAGCUUUACUCCAUACGAUGGUAUAGAAAUAUGAUAGAAUUUUAUCGGUACGUGCCCAAGGAGUCGCCUGCGACUAAAGUGUUUCCCGUUGCUGAGAUCAAAGUCGAUGUGGCAAGAUCAGAUCAAAAUCGCGUAGUGCUAACAGAAGUGGAUAGAACUUUAACUGGCGAGUACCAGUGCGAGGUGUCGGCUGAUGCACCUCUAUUUCAUACAGACAUCAAAGCAUCGGAAAUGGUCGUUGUUGAGCCUCCGUUAAUCGGCCCGAACAUAACAUCGGAUAGGAUGACAUAUGUGGGAGGAGAUCACAUUGAGGCGAACUGCUCAUCACCACCCUCGCUACCCGCAGCUAACAUCACGUGGUACGUCAAUGAGCAAAUGGUGCCGAGUUUCACGGCGAACCACGUGACGAACUUUACUAACGGAUAUGCGUCGAGUUUGUCUACUUUGGAGCUCGAGACAGCUGUGUUAUCUCCUCUUCCUAUGCUUAUGAUACGUUGCGAAGCGUCAAUAUUCGACGUGUGGAAAUCAGCAAGCCACGCUGUAGUCCUGAGGGAACGGAACGCGAACCCGGUUUCAGCGUUAGGACGGAGUUUGACAGGUGGCGCCACUGAAACUUGUAUACCUUGUAUACUUGUUCUAGUUCUGCAGUCGUUUUUACAAUUUUUACUACAAAAUUACACGGAAACAUCAAUAAGAUAG